UCAGGCGUUGCCAGGAAGCGAAAGCGAAAGCCUGGGCAGGGGAAGUGGAGCCGAGGCGGCGCGGGCGCUUCCAGCGCUUCGCCCUCAGCUUUUAGCCGGAGGACCCGGAGCCGCGGCGGGUAACGCCAUGCGGCUCCCAGACCUGACACCCUGGGCCUCCCUGCUGCUGGCCGAUCUGGCCUUACUCUGGCUGCUCCAGGGGUCUCUGGGGUCUCUGCUGCCCAGGGGCCUUCCAGGCCUAUGGCUGGAGGGGGCGCUGCGACUCGGAGGGCUGUGGUGGCUGCUGACGCUGGGAGGGCUGCUGGGAUGCCUGGGGGCUCUGCUGCCCCCCCUGUGCCUGGUGACCCCCCUGUUUCUCUCCCUGAGGGCGCUGGUCCCUGGGGCCUUGAGCGCUACCCCCGCCAGAGUGGCCUCUGCCUCUUGGAGCUGGCUGCUGCUGGGGUACGGGGCUGCGGGGCUAGGCUGGGCCGUGUGGGCUGUGCUGAGCCUUCCCGCAGCCCAGAAGGGAGACCAGGGCCUGGAGAACAGCAAAGCCUUGAUGUGGAGGCUGCUGCGGCUCUCCAGGCCAGACCUGCCUUUCCUCAUCGUGGCCUUCAUCUUCCUUGUUCUUGCGGUGCUGGGUGAGACAUCAAUCCCACACUAUUCUGGUCGUGUGAUUGACAUCCUGGGAGGUGACUUUGACCCUGAUGCUUUUGCCAGUGCCAUCUUUUUCAUGUGUGUCUUCUCCUUUGGGAGCGCGCUGUGUGCUGGGUGCCGUGGAGGCUCCUUCCUCUACACCAUGUCCAACAUCAACCUGCGGAUCCGGGAGCAGCUUUUCUCCUCCCUUCUACGCCAGGACCUCGGGUUCUUCCAGGAGACGAAGACAGGGGAGCUGAAUUCCAGGAUGAACUCGGACACCACCCUGAUGAGCCGCUGGCUACCCCUGAAUGCCAACGUGUUCUUGCGGAGCCUGGUCAAAGUGGUGGGACUGUACAGCUUCAUGCUCAGCCUGUCUCCCCGCCUCACCCUCCUGUCUCUGCUGGAUGUGCCUCUCACCAUUGCGGCCAAAAAGGUGUACAACCUCCGCUAUCAGGUGGUGCUUCUGGAGAUCCAGGAUGCAGUGGCCAAGGCAGGGCAGGUGGUGCGGGAGGCCGUCGGAGGGCUGCCCACUGUGCGCAGCUUUGGGGCGGAGGAGCAGGAGGUCUGCCACUAUAAGGAGGCCCUUGAACGAUGCCGGCAGCUGAGGUGGCGCAGAGACCUGGAACGGGCCAUCUACCUGCUCUUUAGCAGGAUGCUGCAAUUGGGUGUGCAGGUGCUUAUGCUGAACUGUGGGCUGCAGCAGAUCCUGGGCGGGUCCCUCUCCCGGGGCGGGCUGCUCUCCUUUCUGCUCUACCAAGAGAACGUGGGCCAGUAUGUGCAGACCCUGGUAUACGUAUGUGUGGACAUGCUGAGCAACGUGGGGGCCGCGGAGAAGGUUUUCCGGUAUCUGGACAGAAAGCCAAAUCUGCCUCCUCCGGGGACACUGGCCCCUUCCACACUGCGGGGGCUGGUGGAGUUCCGGGGAGUGACCUUCGCGUACCCCAAUAGUCCUGACCGGCCUGUGCUCAAGGGGCUGACGUUCACCCUGCGACCUGGUGAGGUGACGGCCCUGGUGGGGCCCAACGGGUCUGGGAAGAGCACCGUGGCUGCCCUGCUGCAGAAUCUGUACCAGCCCACGGAGGGGCAGGUGCUGCUGGAUGGGGAGCCCCUCUCCCUGUACGAACACUGCUACCUGCACCGACAGGUGACCGUGGUGGGGCAGGAGCCGGUGCUGUUCUCAGGGUCUGUGCGCGACAACAUCGCCUACGGGCUGAAGAGCUGCAGCGAGGAGAAGGUGCUGGCUGCCAUCCGGGCGGCCCGAGCGGAUGAGUUCAUAGACGAAAUGGAGCACGGCCUAAAUACAGAUGUAGGAGAGAGAGGGAAACUGUUGGCUGCGGGGCAGAAACAACGACUGGCCAUCGCCCGGGCCCUCGUGCGGGAGCCACGCGUCCUCAUCCUGGACGAAGCCACCAGUGCCCUGGACGUGCAGUGUGAGCAGGCCGUGCAGGACUGGAAAGCCCUCGGGGACCUAACGGUGCUGGUGAUCGCCCACCGGAUGCAGACGAUUCAGAGUGCGGACCGGAUCCUGGUACUGAGGCAGGGGCAGCUGCAGGAGCAAGCCCAGCUCAUGGGGGGGCAGGACCUGUACUCCCGACUGGUGCAGCAGCAGCAGCAAUAGCAGCAGCAGCAGCAGCAGCAGUAGCAACAGCAGCAACAGCGGCAGCAGGAGCCCGAGGACUCUGGCCCAUUAUGGGGACAUCUUCAUGACCCCGGGUAGCUCCUGCCUUGAGUUUCCCUGGGCUGUGCCUGGGCAUUGUUCCUGGAGCUGGGUUGGCUGUCUAGACCAUGUAUGCUUCCUCCUGAUGGGCCUUGGUGCUGUCUGUGUCCAAAUACCUGGGUUCCUGGAGACACGUGCUUUUCUUGGCCCUGAGUAGUGUAUGGGAAAUAUAUUUUAAAAUAUUUUUUCCAUAAUAUAUAAAUAGUACACAUUCAUGUAGAAAAGUGAAAAUGUGGGCCUCCCUGGUGGCACCGUGGGUUGAGCACCACACUUUGAAGCUGUCCGCAGCCUCUGCAGUGCAGUUCGAUUCCCGGCUGGCCAGGGAGCUACUCACAUGGCGCGGCAGACCUCUCUUGCCUCGCCUGCUGCUCCCCUCAGCAGUGUCUUUGGUCCGUCUGCCUGUUCUGCUCCCCACUCUGUCUCUGGUGAAUUCUGCCACCCUCCCACGCCUCUGACUGUACCCCAGUUCUUGUAUAAAUAAAUCUAAAAAAAAAAGA